AUGCGAGGCGCCGCCAGCGCGCGCCCCCUGCGACCGCUGUUUACCGCCGCCGCCGCCGCCCGCCCAUGCGUUGGCGGCCUAGCGCUGCCGCCUCGCCGCGCGGCCCGCCCCACCACCCUGCGCCCGCUGCAUUCCACUGCCACCGAGGCCGAGCAGCACGCCGACCCCUCGCCCGCGGCAGCAGGCGGCGCGGAGGGCGUGGCGGGCCUUGCGGCGGAGGGGGUGGUGGAGGCGGCGCUGACGUGGCCGGCCCGCAGCCACGGCUGCGGUUCGCUCACAGCGGCGGACCUCGGCGGCAGCCCCGUCACCGUGUGCGGCUGGGUGGACCGGUACCGCAACCUGGGGGGCCUGCUGUUCCUGGACGUGCGGGACCACACAGGCAUCAUCCAAGUCGUGGUGGACCCGCAGCAGCAGCCCGAGGUGGCGGCCAAGGCGGAGCGGCUGCGGGCGGAGUAUGUGGUGGCGGUGACGGGGCAGCUGCGCGCCCGGCAGGACCCCAACCCGCGCAUGAAGACGGGAGACCUUGAAAUCAGCCCCACGGACGUAAAGGUGCUGAAUGCCGUCACCCGCAAGCUGCCCUUCCUUGUGAGCCAGGCCGAGGACCAAGCUGAAACGCCGCGGGAGGAGCUGCGGCUGAAGCACCGCGUGCUCGACCUGCGGCGGCCGCGCAUGGCCGACAACCUGCGCCUGCGCCACGCCAUCGUGCGCUGCAUCCGCCGCUUCCUGGAAGACGGCCACGGCUUCCUGGAGGUGGAGACUCCCAUCCUCACUCGCUCCACGCCAGAGGGCGCGCGAGACUACCUGGUGCCAUCCAGGCUGCAGGCGGGCGACUGGUACGCGCUGCCGCAGUCGCCGCAGCUGUUCAAGCAGAUGCUCAUGGUGGCGGGGUUCGACCGCUACUACCAGGCAAGCCACGGCGCUGGCGGCAGCUCGCGGUGCUUCCGCGACGAGGACCUGCGCGCCGACCGCCAGCCCGAGUUCACGCAGCUGGACCUGGAGAUGGCGUGGAUGGACCGGGACGCCAUCAUGGGCCUGAUGGAAAGCAUGGUGGCCACUGUGUUCCAGCAGGUGGCGGGCGUGGAUGUGGCGGCGCCCUUCCAGCGGCUCAGCUAUGCAGAGGCCAUGGCCAAGUAUGCCUCGGACAAGCCUGACCUUCGGUUUGGGCUGGAGAUGGCUGAAGUGACUGAGGCAGUGCGGGAGUGCGGCUUCAGGGUGUUUGCCGGGGCGGUGGCGGCGGGAGGGAUUGUGAAGGGCAUCCGCGUGCCUGACGGCCGGCAGGUCUCCAACGCCAGGGUCAAGCCCAAGGGAGACGUCUCUAAUGAGGCGGUCGCCGGCGGCGCGGCGGGGCUGGUGUAUGUGCGGGUGGCGGAGGGAGGGGCGAUUGAGGCAGCCAAGCCGGUGAUGGAGGGGCUCAGCGAGGAGCAGCGGGCGGCGCUGGUGCAGCAGAUGCAGGCGAGCGGCGCUGGCGAGCCGGGAGACUUGCUGCUGCUGGCGGCGGGGCCGGCGGGCGCUGUGAACAAGGCGCUGGACCGGGUGCGGCUGUACCUGGGGAGGAGCCUGGACCUGAUCAAGGAGGGCCAGCACAGCCUGCUGUGGGUGGUCGACUUUCCAAUGUUUGAGCGCAACGAGGAGGAGGGGCGGCUGGAGGCGCUGCACCACCCCUUCACCGCGCCGCACCCCGACGACCUGGCGCGCGGCGACCUGGCGGGGGCCCGCGCGCUGGCCUACGACAUGGUGUACAACGGGGUGGAGAUUGGGGGCGGCAGCCUGCGCAUCUACAGGCGCGACAUCCAGCAGCAGGUGUUUGCCACCAUCGGGCUGAGCGAGGAGGAGGCGCGCUCCAAGUUUGGAUACCUGCUGGACUGCUUCGAAAUCGGGGCGCCGCCGCACGGCGGCAUCGCGUUUGGGCUGGACCGUCUGGCCAUGCUGCUGGCAGGCGUGCCCUCCAUCCGAGACGUCAUCGCCUUCCCCAAGACCUCGCAGGCCCAGUGCGCGCUCACCGGCGCGCCCGCCGGCGUGGCGGCAGACCAGCUGCAGGCGCUGCACGUGGCGCAGCUGCCGGCCAAGGCCGCUGGCAGCAGCAGCAGCGGCGGCGGCAGCGGCGACGGCAGCGGCGACGGCGCCCAGCAAUAG